UUCUGAGAUUCUCCAGGUCUACACAAUGAAAAGUAAUUUGACCCAAAUGGGCUCGAUGAGCAGGAGCAACUCUUUGGUGACGCAAACCAAUAUCACGUUACGCAUGCGCAAAGGAGCGUUGUGACACGGAAGGCUGGUGAUCUGAGUGACCGUAGGAGAGAAGGGUUCACGUUUUGUUUAUUUAAAAAACUAUCAGAAGUCUAUACCAAAAAUGUCGGGUUUCGACAGCAACCCAUUCGUACAAUCUGUGGACGUCAAUCCGUUUCAGGACGCGUCGAUUGCUGAAGCGACCAGCGGGGGACUGGAAACACGAGAUGAAUUCAACCCGUUUUCAGGCGAUGGACUGGGGAGCAGUAAAACCAUUCCAAUAUCUGCUGCCUUAUCCCAACCUGCUGUAUUACAGGCCUCUGUGGAGACUAACCCAAAAUCUGUGGCGGCCGCCGGAGCUGCUAGUCUGGCCAAGCAGCAGGAGGAGCUCGAGAAGAAAGCCGCCGAGCUGCAACGAAAAGAGCUGGACCUCCAGAACCUGGCCACGGGCAGAGGACUACCCUUGAGUGAGCGGGUUAACAACUGGCCACCUGUCCCAAGGAUUUGCCCAAUAAAGCCCUGCUUCUAUCAGGACUUUGAAGAGGACAUCCCAGAACAGUACCGCAAAAUCUGCAUACGAAUGUACUACCUGUGGGUCUUUCACUGCGUCACUCUGUUCCUGAACGUUUGGGCCUGCCUAGCUUCCUUCAUAACAGACAGCGGGAACGGUGUGGACUUUGGCCUUUCCAUCCUCUGGUUCUUUCUCUUCAGCCCUGUCGCUUUCAUCUGCUGGUACAGACCCGUCUAUAAAGCCUUCAGGUCGGACAGUUCCUUCAGCUUCUUUUUCUUCUUCUUUGUGUUUUUCUUCCAAGUGGCCGUGUACAUCAUCCAGACGGUGGGCAUCCCAAACUGGGGUAACAGUGGAUGGAUCUCGUCUAUAUCCAUGAUUCGUGUCAGCGUGGCAGUGGCUGUAGUCAUGAUGGUGGUGGCCGGUUUCUUCACAGUUAACGCUGUCUUGGCUGUCAUCUUACUGAAGAUGGUCCACUCCAAGUACCGUAACACAGGGGCCAGCUUCACCAAGGCACAGACAGAGUUCUCCCAGGAGGUCAUGGCCAAUCGGUCCGUCCAGUCGGCCACAGCCAGUGCUGCUACGGCUGCAGCCCAGGGCAUGUUUCAGAGGAACUAGGGAAACCCUGGGGCACUUUGUGGGCCACUGUUUACGUAGGUUUCACACUGAAAGAUGGGUAUAACAUUUUAUAAAUGACUCUUAAAUUUGUGUUAAUCAACUAAUGUCUUGUCCUAUGUUAACACUGGAAUAAUCCUGAUUAAAUAUUAAUGAGCAUAUAUUACCUCAGGGUAAUGGCUCCCUUUUUAGGAAGGUAGAUUGAAAAUGUUAGCUCAGGGAUAGAGAUCAUACACUGGCCUCGAUCAGAGCAAGAAAUUAUGCAUCUACAAAUUUUUGAUCAUGUAAUACCACAUAACAUGGUUACAAAGAGCUUCUCCUGUGUAUCAGCAUUUGUCUUAGUAUAUGUACCUCAUUAAUAAGCAUACAAUUAUUUAUGUGUUAUAUUUGGUAGGCAGUUUAUUCAAUGAAGUCACUUGUCUUUUGGUAACCUAAUGAUCUAGCCUACCACCAUGGCUUCUUUCUUUGACUUUCUUUGACCGAUAGAAAAUGAGAGUUCUGUAAGUAUGAUGGGCACUCUUCUUGGUCUUAAAUGGUUCCUCAUCUUCUUAUUGGGGCAUAUUUAGCAUGCCCAAGCUGCUCUUCCGGGGGGAGAGCAGCCCGCCCAGGAGAGCGUGUGUGUGCAUGUGUGUGCGUGCGUUCGUGUGCGUGUGCGUGUGCGUGUUCUAACAUCAGAUACAGAGUUGGUCAGGGCACCUAAAGCUUUCCAAGGUGGACCAGUUAAAAUGAUUAACUCAUUCUUUAAAGCUUUUCUGUGUAUAUGUGUAUAUAUGUAUUUAUUCAGCCUUUUUAAAUAUAUUGUUAGUAUAUUGUCUGAUAUCACAGUUUCUGGAAAAUACAAAAAAGUGAUAUUUAGACUAGAAGAUAACAUUUUGAAUUCUAACCACAGAUUUUGUGACUAUUUUGAAUGUAAAGCUGGUAUGCCUGAUUCCUCAAAUGGCCCUUUCUGUCCAAAAUUAUUACGUUUAGAUUUAGAAAAAAAAAAAUAUGUAUAUAUAUAUUAGUUUUUGCACUAUUCUGUCCAGUUACUGAAAAUACAUGAAGGGAGAUUUAAGGUAUAAUAAAGAUGUGACUAAACUGAUACAUUGUUAAAAAGUAUGGUUUUAAUGUUCAUCUGGAAAUCUACUAUAGAACCUAAUAGUCAUUAUGGGUAGGAUGGGUUUUUGUUUGACAAUGGGAAGUUUUAGAGAUUAAUUAUGAUUGAUUAUUUGAAAAAUGAGUCUUGAAGGAUAAUUAAUUAUUAUGGUUGUGAUUCCAACUAUAAUUUGUCUGAGCAGUUUUAACGCUCCAAAGUGUGAGUGUAAACAGACAGUUUGAAUGUUUUUCUGAGGGCUGUUGCGCUGACUUGUAAACUGCAAUACUGUUUAACCUGACCACCACUUGGUGCAUGCAAGCCUUUGGAGUUGAAGUGCAAUUCGAAAAAUGUUUUCUUUGUUUUAAACAAUCAUAACACUUUUCAUGAAUAAUGCGGUGCAGAGAUCUGCAUAAUAAAAGUGAAAGUGGUAUUUUG